AUGCGCCAGGGCUGCAAUUUCUUUCUCUCGGCGGAGUCUCUGCUGCAGCUUCUGUUCCACGUCCGGAUCGCGGCAGCGCGGGCUCUCGUUCGGAGGCGGCCCCGCGACGCGUGGGGGCACGCCGGGACUCCCCGGGGAUGCCUGGGCUGCCCCCUGCUGGUGUCGCGCGGCCCGCCCCGACGAGCUCCCGCAUCUGCACGGGCGCGCAGGGAGGCCCAACGGAGUCUCCAGCGAAAGCAAGCAGAGCCUGGGCUCCUCUUGGUCGCUCGUGGGCCCGCCGCACGUACCAUGGGUGGCACUAUACUUGCACGCAUCGUUUAG